AUGGCUUACUCUAUACAAUAUAGAAAACGAAAACGAGACUACUUAAUUUGGUUAUAUCGAAGAAUAAUUAGAAAUACAGAAUGUUUAUUAUUAAUAUUCUUAAUUUCGAUAAUAUUUACUCAUUUAAGUAGAUAUUUUAUCAAAUCAACCACCUCUCAAAUUCAAGGAAUCAAUGGUAAAAAUUGGAAUAUUAUAUUUGUCAUUGAUGAUGAUCAACAUGCAAACAGUUUACAGCCUCUUUAUUGUAAUCUGCACAGAAAAAGAAAAGCAGAAAAUGUAUAUACCCACAUAAUAGUUACUGGUCGUGAAAUAAGCGGUAGAAAAUUAAUAAAGUCCAAUUCAUUAUUUCCAAAUUGUGAUGUACCCGUAUAUGACCUAAAGCUUCAAAAAGGCAAUGAAAAUAUCAUAACAUCAGUUAUAAAUAGUGCGUUGGAUCAAAUUCAGCCGGAAGUCUUAAUUUAUAUAAAUGAACCUAAAAAUGAAGUAAUGAAUGAUGUUGACGCUGCACUGGCUACUGUUUCUCAAACGAAUAGAAAUAUUACAAAAAUUGCAAUACCUAUUGAACACACGAAAAAUAUGAUGUGGUUAACUGAUUUAUCUAUAGAGGAGCUUAAAAUCAUUACUCAAGAUCGUCCUCUAUCUUUAUCACAUCCGUCGCAAUCACUCAAUUCGUCUAUUUAUUUCAGUGAUGAUGUAUCAGAUAACGAGAUAAAUCGAAAAUAUUGUAAUACAAACGAAUGUAAAUUUUUGUUCACAUAUAACUUCAUAGAGCAAGAAACUCAAUCCAAUAGACAUUUUAUCUCUUUUAUACAGAUCGCACAACAACUUGGCCGCACAGUGGUGUUGACCAAUGUUGGAGGAUCAGGCAUAUCUUUACUUAAAAAUUUCUCCUUUGACCUAUAUUAUGAUGUUGAUGGACUAAGUAGAAAAUUCCCGAAAGUAAAAUUUAUUUCACAACACAAAUUUCAAAAAUGGGCCGAAGAACGAUACAAUAAACCAGAUGUUAUACACGUGCUUCUCGAAAAUUCCAAUAUUAAUCCAAAUUACACAAUUCAAUAUGAUACCUCAUAUUUUGAUAAACUUUUAAGAGAAUAUAGAAUGGAUAAAUUUGAUUUGAAAUUAAAUAAUUCGGCAAUAUUUAAACGAAUAAGUAUUGGGACUACUGCCAAUGAUUCAAGAAAGGGACAGGAAAAUUAUGAACUAAACCAAUUUUUAAAAGCUGAAUUAGAAAGCAAUGCUGAAGUUAUGCUGAUAACGCAUGAUGUAAUACGCGGCCCAAUAUUCGAAAGACUCUCACCAAUGCCAUAUGCACGUCAUAUAACAAAUGCGGCUUCAAGACUUGCAAAAAAAUUAAAACCGUACAUUGCGAUUCAUUGGCGUAUGGAGCAGGGCCAAGAAAAUCUUAUGCCAAAAUGCGCCGAAAGUCUUGUGACUUAUAUAAGGAAUCUUUCAUUAACAACUGGAAUUAAAAACAUUUAUUUAGCUACGGAUUAUCCACUUGCCACAUAUAAUGAAAAUAAUAAGGCACAGUCAUGUACAUUUAGUAAUAUAAAUGAAAAUCACCAUACAGCAAUGAAAAUUUUACAAUCUUCAUUUAAUGUAAACACUUGGGUAUCAACACACGCGUUAGAUUACCUUCAAUUAUAUCUUAUAAGAAGUGAACAAUUACAAGAGGAGCUGAGUGGGGGUGGUAUUCAAGGAAUCUUUGAUAAAUUGAUUUUGAUACAUGCUGAUUAUUUUAUAGCCGGUCCUAAAGAAUGUUGUAGAUUUAAAAGCACUUAUACAUAUAAUGUUAUGGAAACAAGACAAGAAUUGUUUGAAAAAAAUGGAACAGUUAAAAACAUUAUUGAUCUCUGGGAACUGUAG